CACGAUCACGGCAAAAUAAAGUGAAUAAAGUACGCAGUGUAAUGAAAUAUUUCCAGGUUCCAUUUUUUCAGUGAAUUAAUCAUUAUAAUGAUACUGCAAUGUACGUAAACAUUUGAUAUCUGCGUUGAAAAAGAACUAAGAAGUUGAUUUCUACAAUGGAUUCCAAAUAUACCUCAAUGGGCAAGCAGAAUGGAGGCAAAAUUGAUAACUUUAAGAGAAAAACCUUUAUGGAAAACUUAAAUGUUAAAAAGAAAAAAUCCUGCAACACAGAAAAUAAACCUUUGAUUUCUAAUGGUUGUAAGCCUCAAAAUGGAAUUGAGAAAUCUCCAGUAAAACAAGCUGUUGUAGAAAACCUAUUGGAAGCAAGAAAGCGUUUGCCUGUGUAUACAGUUAGGGGCAGACUUUUGGAAGAAAUUAAGAAAAAUGAUACAAUGAUAUUGAUCGGUGAAACCGGCAGUGGGAAAACAACUCAAAUACCUCAGCUGAUUCAUGAACAGCGUUUAGAAGGAGCCGGAUGCAUUGCUGUGACACAACCGCGAAGAGUUGCAGCCAUCACUAUUGCAAUCAGGGUUGCUGCUGAAAUGAGCACGAAGAUUGGGAAUAUUGUAGGGUAUUCGGUUAGAUUUGAGGACAUGACUAGCCCUAGAACCAAACUAAAGUACUUGACAGAUGGUAUGUUGCUCAGGGAAGCCAUAGUUGAUCCUCUGCUGAAGAAGUAUACCAUCGUGGUGCUAGAUGAGGCCCAUGAACGCACAGUUAGUACUGAUGUGCUCUUUGGCAUUGUUAAACUGGCGCAAAAGGAAAGACUAGAAAAAAAAUUAAAUCCUCUUAAGGUUAUUGUGAUGUCCGCAACAAUGGACGUAGACACCUUCAGAACAUACUUCAAUAACUGCCCAGUGAUAUAUCUAGAAGGCCGGACGCACCCUGUUACUAUCUACCACUCAAAGAUGAAACAGGAGGAUUAUCAAUAUGCUGCAGUGUGCACACUGUUCGAACUUCAUAGAACUAUGCCAGCAAACAAUGAUUUUCUGGUGUUUCUGACGGGUCAAGAAGAAAUUGAAACAGUCAUGUACAACAUGAAGCAAAUAGCUAAAGAAGCUCCCGGCCCUCCUUUAUUAGUAUGUCCCCUAUAUGCCGGACUCCCUGCUGCCAAGCAAUUGCAGGUGUGGAAGCAGACACCGGCAGGGAUGAGGAAAGUUGUUCUAGCCACUAAUAUUGCAGAGGCUUCCGUCACUAUCCCACAUAUAAAAUGUGUUAUUGAUACAGGAGUUGUAAAGGAAAGGACUUGGUGCACAGCGACCGGGGCGGAGCGCCUGCGAGUCCGCGCGUGCGCGCAAGCGGCGGCGUGGCAGCGCGCCGGCCGCGCGGGCCGCACCGCCGCCGGCGCAGCGUACCGCCUAUUCACCGCUAAGGAUUUCGCGUCCCGGCCAGCGCACAGUACCCCCGAGAUUGUCAGGUGUCCACUGGCGCCUACGAUACUGUUGUUGAUCGCAGCAGGCAUUGAACCAAGCACGUUCCCACUUAUAGAUACACCGCCGAUGGACUCUAUAAAUGCUUCAUUAACAUUAUUAAAAGAACUUGGUGCUAUUGAUAAUGAGGCUAGUCCAAAGUUGACUGUUCUUGGGAAAAAAAUGGCAUCUUUCCCAAUUGAUCCCAAAUACGCUAAAGUACUUCUGAGUGCACCAGAAUUCGACUGUCUUGACGAGGCGUUAAGUUUAGUCGCCAUGUUGUCGAGCGAAAACAUCUUUCACACGCCAAUGCACAAACGGGAAGAAGCGCUAAAAGUCAAGCAAAAAUUCAUCUCGCCUUUGGGUGAUCACAUGACUCUUUUAAACGUUUAUAAAGCAUUUUGCAAAGCGCCAUUGAAAAAGCAAUGGUGUAAAGAAAAUUACUUAAAUCACAAGAACUUGGUGUACGCCAGUGAGGUACGUCAACAACUGCUAGCAAUCUGUCAGCGAUUGAACCUGGCCGUCGCAAGCUGUGGCAACGCCACUGAUCAGCUCCUUAAAUGUCUGGUGAGCGGUCUAUUUACAAACUGCGCGUGGAUCCGCGGCGGGGCGGGCGGGGCGGGCGGGGCGGGGCCGACGGCGGGUGGCGCGCGGUACGUGACGGCGGGCGGCGCGGCGGCCGCGCUGCACCCGGCGGGCGCGCUGCACGCCGCGCGCCCGCCGCCGCCCGCCGUGCUCUACACGGAGCUGCUGCACACCCGCCGCUCCUACCUCGUCACCGUCUCCGCUAUACAGGCGCAGUGGCUGCACCAGCUCGCCCCCGACUACGCCCGGCGCUGCCGCGCGGGCCGGUGACGCAGGGCUAGCCACCGGGGAUAGUGCGAGUGAGCUGAUGUGACUAUUAAUCGCUGCAACUUGGACCUGUGACCUUAGCUCUAUUUUUACCACUAGUUUUAAAAUCACUCCUACAGUUAAGAAACUAAGGGCCGCCAUACACGGACUGCUUUGAGCAGUCAGUGCCAACAGCUUCAAGCGGUCGCCGUUGGGUGAUCCGCAGUUUCAAAACAAAAUCGUCAUUCGCAAUACACGAACCGCUCAAGCAGUUGCAACUGCUUCGGGCGGUUGGCUGCGCGGUGAAAUUUCAUCAUGCGGUCAAGCUGCAAAAGCAGUCCGUGUAUGUUAAUCACUGGGUUACUGCUCGAGCAGUCCGUGUAUGGCGGCUCUAAGGUUGAUUUUCUUACAGACGUGUCGAUUUAGCUAACGCAGAGCGUAGCUAUACUAGCUCUAGGUGUGUAAUUGUGUCAUUUUAGUUUGAGUCUACUGUCAAGAUUAUUCUGUGAUCUUAAUUUGAUUACCUGAACACGCUUUGUAAACUACGAAAAGCUGUGAUCACGUUCACCGUUUAGAUACUUUCGGUCUCUGCUAGAAACGCAUUGAAUGUCUAAAAACUAUAGUGCUCGUUGUAAGUAAGAAAUUCAGGUGCUAAAGACGUGUAUUGAUACUGUUUGUUGCCUAUAAUACUACCAAUAUUAAUUGUUAAAAUUAAAUCAAUGAUCUGACUGGCAGAUAAAAUAAGGACGGGCUUUAGACAAAAUGAUUCAAGUGAUUCAACAGAUGUUCAACACUAUAAUGUUUUAAUGAUAUAAUAUAUCGCCAAUUUAUGGUUAAUAGACAAUUGUCGUCCAAAAAUGAUAUGAACACAAGGCCGUCAAAUGAUAUUCUGGCCUAAGUAUGUAAGUACAGGUAGUGCAUUUCUAAAAAAAUGCAUGCAAUAAUGGGUAACUUUAAGUUCAAUGUACGGUAACGGCGUGAUGCCAAUUCGUCAGCCUGGGCUGGUAAUGUUGUACGAAAAUUCAUUGAAAGCGUGCACGCCACAGCCCCAGUCCAGUAUACUAGAUAGAUAUACAUAUAUUUAAUAUCCAUUUCAUUUCAAAUACUUAUAGCUGUGCAAAAAUAGAGCCUAAGGCAGUUGAGCGGACUCAUGUCUGUAGCCACAUCAUACCUUGUUGACUCUGUAUGAUUCCACGUUCAGAAAAUGGCAAGGCGCCAAGCCCAUCUAAAAUAAAACAGAAGUUUGGAUGUUUCAGAUGACGGGCAACAUUUGUGGGCCGAGUUUUAUGUUGUCGUCGAAAUUUUUAUUCGUUAGCUUUGG